CUAGGAACACUACACUAGUGUAGGCUUUGGAUCAAUGUAGGCUUUGGGAGGAUCUCAGGAUGUGUCUUUAUUACGCAACUGGCAACCCGUUCUAGGCUUGUACAGCAUCCUGAAUCUCUGAUCAGACAUCCUCUGAUCCAUUUCAAUCCCCUGAUUUGUUGCACCUGAGCCGCAGCCCUGCAUCCCAAAAAGGAAGACGAUUAUUUCACCAUGAACUCUGAUAUAGACGGGAUGCUCUAUGAUUCAGGUGAUUUGGAAAACCAGGUGGAGUUGGAGGAGAAGACGAGGCUCAUAAACCAGGUCCUGGAGCUGCAGAACACUCUGGAGGAUCUCUCAGCACGAGUGGACGCCGUGAAGGAGGAAAACCUCAAGCUCAAGUCUGAGAACCAGGUUCUGGGUCAGUACAUCGAGAACCUCAUGUCCGCCUCCAGCGUCUUUCAGACCACCGACUCCAAAAGCAAACGGAAGUAAUGGAGGGGAUCCUGACCUCCCACUGGCAUCUAGAGUCCGUUAACUCUCCCUCAUGGUUUACUUUACUCACUCUGUUAUACAAGAUGCCACUGUUACGUUUACAACUCCUUUUUUUUUUUUAUCUGCUCAUAAUAUCACAUGACUAAAAAUAUCAUAUUAACUUAAGAAGGUGUUGUAUUCUAUGAUGAUAGGAGAUCAUUUUUCUUUUAAGUUGUAUUUUAUGUUAUAAUUUUUGCCUUAUGUUAGGGCAGAGUAUUAAAACAUCUAGUUCUAAGUAUUUCUUUCAAUUUAUCGAUGCUGUUUAUUUUGUUAUUGGUUUGUAGGAUAUUAUUAUUAGUUCAUUGAUUGAAUAUAAUUUUGGAGCUGUUUUAGUUUUGAUUUUCGAGAGCACAGCAGUGAUGAAUGUGCCUGUGAAACAGCUGUGUGUGCCAUCGCCAUGUGUAACCUGAUCAUUUAGGUGAGUUCUUCAGGUGCUUUUGUUCAGGGAAUUGACAUUACUGACCUCCGAGUGAUUCUCACUAAGGAGUUUUAACAGGUUUGUGUUACAGCUGUGUAUACACACACACACACACGCACACACACACACACACACACGCAACAUUCCUGAGCUGUAUUUAAUGUUUGUGUAAUGGCGUUUAACCAUUGUUUGGUCUUAUUAGUGCCUGUUUUAAUAAACCUAUUUAACUUGA